CGGGCGGGGCGCCCCUGGGGCUGCCUCGCUGGACCUUUGGUCAAGCGGCUUUGCCCUUGCCCGAAGGGCUCUGCCAUCGCUGCCGCCUCCUCCUCCUCGCCCCUCGCUCCUGCCGGAGCCCCACGCAGCCGUCCCGCCCCGCGGGUUCGCAGCCCUUCGUGUGCUGCCCGCUGCGGUCCACUUGACACGGCCCCGGGUGGGUUUCCCACAGCGCGGCCGGGGUACUCUCAGCUGAUCCGGUUUCCAGCCCUCCCUCCCUGCGCGAUUGCCAUUAGUUUCAGCGGUGCUUGAAGAGAAUCCCCAUCUCCCUGUUCCCGCCCGAGCUCCUCGGGGUGCUGCUGGCCCCCUCCGGCAGGACGGGAGACAGGGAGGUGGACUGGGACGGACGUGUCCCUGGUGGAAAUCACAGCAGCUCGCUGGCUUCGGUUGGGGCUGCCAAACCCUGGCUGGCAGCCGUCCCUACAAUAUGUGAGAUCUGGUUUUGGUGGUUAUGGGACUCUUGAGGUAAGCAGAUGUAAACGGCCGCUGUUGUUUCACUGAAGCACCUGCCCCUGGAAGCCCUGUAUAGAAAUGCCCCAGGAGGAGAGGUCUGAGCAGCCUGUGUUUCACUUCUGAAGCUUUUGAUUUGGCUCUGACAGAAGAUUAAGCCUCAUCUGCUUGACAGAGGAGUGACUUGGGGAUGGAUUUGUGGGGUGGGGAGUUUUCAUUCUUCGUUUUGCCACGGUGUGCUCCUGGGGCAAGCUGGCUGGUGAUGCUUUUCCCCCUGCAUUUCCGUGCCCUGCGGAAGGGAAGGGGGGUCCUGCGAAACUCCCUCCUGGGAACCGAAGCGUGGCAGCAUGGCUCUGCCUUGUGAGCUCAUUAAGCGAAUAAAUCCCAGGGAUGCUCAGUUCAGAUGGGGCUCCUGCAGGAGAAUUUAUAAAGUCAUUAAAAACAUUUUAAUGGAAAGCACUAACCAUCUAUAACACAGCAUCUGUUAUCGUGUCUUUGGAAAAACAUGUCUAAAUUAAGAGGAUGGGAGACAGCGAGACAGACUGGUGGGCUUUCUGCUGAAGCAACCAGCUGGCCGGGGCUGCGAGGGAAUAGUGGCGGAAACUCCUUCCCAUCUGUAGCACCAGGCCAGGCCCUGGCUCCCCGGACUGCUCUGGGAGCGCCGGGCAGAGCUGGCUUUGGCAGGGAUCAGUUCAGGGAGGAGCAGGGAGGGAAGACAGGAGCAGCUCUGCGGUGCUUCUGUCUCAUUUCAUCCCUCAGCGGGUAUGAAGACGCAAGGCAGGGUUCGUCAGGAAAACAUGGAGGAACAUCAUCUGCGAGAAGCUUUGGCGUCCUUGCGCUUACACAGUCUGGCCUGGAGAGAAUGGAACGUCCUCUGCUAUUAAAACGGGGAGGCGGCUCGGGGGAUGCCUCUGAAGGAGCUGCUGCUUCCCUAAUUGCCGGUGGCUGCUGCCUGGCUCCACCGAAACCUCGUCCCUGCAGCCAGGCCACCUCAAGUCCCGCCGCCUGGAAGCCGAGGCUGCGGCGGCCGACAUGGAUUUUCUCUUGAUCUGCCCCUUUCUGCUGGCGCUGCUGCUGCCCCGGGGCAGCUUUGCAGACCUGGAAAAGCAGAGGGUGGACUCUGGCUUGGAAAUCUAUAAGAAGCUGUUUGAGGUGAAGCGCAAGGACCAGAUGAAUGCGCUGAAGAACCUGAUUGAGCUCAACGACGUCAACCAGCAGUACAAAAUCAUCGACAUCAUGCUCAAGGGACUCUUCAAAGUUCUGGAGGACUCCCGGGCUGUGCUCAUCGCUGCUGACGUGCCUCCCGAUGGGCCUUUCCCUCAGGAUGAGAAGAUAAAGGAUGCGUAUUCCCACGUGGUGGAGAACACUGCCUUCUUCGGGGACGUCGUCCUGCGCUUCCCCAAGAUCGUGCACCACUACUUCGACCGCAACUCCAACUGGAACAGCCUCAUCCGCUGGGGCAUCGGCUUCUGCAAUCUGACAGGCGUGUUCGAGCAAGGACCCCACUCCCAAGUCCUGGGGCUGAUGGCUCAGGAGUUGGGAAUCAGCGAGAAAUCGCCCGAUUACCGCAAUCCCUUUAAAACGGACCACUCUGAGUGCCGACACCUUCCAGAAGGCACUGCGGGAGGAAGAGAAGCGGAGGAAGAAGGAGGAGAAGCGGAAGGAGAUCCGCAAGGGCCCGCGCAUCUCCCGCUCGCAGUCGGAGCUGUAGCGGGUGGGGGCUUGCGCCUUGCGGCGGGGGCGACGCCGGCGGGACGCGGAGCGGCACUAUCCCUCUUGGCGGCCUCAGGCCGGUGCCUGGUGGUGGUCCCCUUUCCAUUUGUGCCGUGGAUUUUGUUUCGUUGCCUUUCCCUUUCGCUCAGUGGGGGCUGGGGGAAGCUGAGGUGGGGUACCCCAGAGCCAAAGCACAGACGGGAAGGCAGCGGGGCUGUCCCCUGGGCUGGUCAGAGUGCUGCCACCCACGGUGGGGUAGGGCGAGGGGGACACACUGCAGCUGAGCCCCGCGGGGAGCCUGGGAGCCCUCCCUUCUGCAGCACAGGGUGCUCCACGCUGAACGUGCCUCCCCCGUCGUGGGUGGGCUGGGGAGCGCAUCACGCCAAACAGCCUCAUGAUCAAUGCUGCUUCUCUUAGGUUUU